AUGAGACCUCGCGGGUACAAACGAGCUCCGUCAAUGGAGGAAGCAACGGAGAUUCCGGCGGAGAAAACGCUUCAUCCAAACUUCCCAUUUCUCAUGUCUUCAAAUGGUUUCAAGUCGUUUGAAUCGGACUACGACGACGACGACUCAGACAUCGAUUCCGACGAUCAAUUCGCUUUCAGCAUCAACUCGGAAUUUCUCGUCGAUGCCAAAGACCUGUACAUAGGGGAAGUAAUCGGCGAAGGAUCAUCUUCAAAAGUCUACAAAGGAUUGUACAGGAAAGUAAACCCUGUCUCAGUGAAGAUAUUCCAGCAAAGCAGAACAUCUAUUGUAAACAUUGAGCUGAAGAAAAAGUUUCAAAGAGAGGUUCUGUUGCUCUCCAAGAUUAACCACGAAAACGUUGUGCAGUUUAUUGGGGCAUGCAUAGAACCAGACUUGAUGAUAAUUACUGAGCUCAUGGAAGGCAACACUCUUCAGAAGUUUAUGUUGAGUACUCGUCCAAAGCCUCUUGACCUGAAGCUCUCUAUCAGCUUUGCGUUGGAUAUUGCUCGAGGAAUGGAGUUCUUGAAUGCAAACGGCAUCAUUCACCGUGAUUUGAAACCAAGUAAUAUGCUCUUAACAGGUGAUAAGAAGCAUGUAAAAUUGGCUGAUUUUGGACUUGCUAGAGAGGAGGCUAAAGGUUUCAUGACCUGUGAAGCUGGUACCUACAGAUGGAUGGCCCCUGAGUUGUUCAGCCAUGAGCCGCUUUUAGUCGGAGAAAAGAAACACUAUGAUCAUAAGGUGGAUGUUUACAGCUUUGCUAUCGUCUUCUGGGAGUUACUAACCAACAAAACCCCAUUCAAAGGAAAGAACAACGUUUGUGUUGCUUAUGCUGCCAGCAAAAACCAGAGACCAAGUUUGGAGAAUCUUCCGGAAGAAGUUGUUUCUAUCCUAGAAUCAUGCUGGGCAGCGGAUCCUAGCGCUCGUCCCGAGUUCAAAGAGAUUACAGUUUCACUUGAAAACUUGCUUAGAAGCUUAUGUUCAGACAACAAUGAUGGUCCUUCGUCAGAUUGUAAUGUAGCUACCGAGGAUUCAACAAGCAAGCUGGUUCAAGAACGAGUUGUCUCUGACUAUCCAGGGCUGAAGAUGACAAAGAAGAAGAAGAAGAGGAAGACGACAAGUAAAGUGAUGAACAUGAUUGUUCCUUUUGUCAGGAUGUUCAAGAGUUGUAUGUCCAAGUGA